AUGGACCAAGCAAAAACGCCAGAAGAAGUGGAUUUGGAAAUCAAAGAGCUCACUCGUGGCACCGAGAAGCUUUUGUACGAACGUUCUUCUGCGACGCAAGAUGGCCCAGGCAUUGUCCACUAUAAGGUGUUGCCAGGAAUGAGGGUCUUCGAUUCCGAUAACAAAAUGUACAUCAUCGAUACCCAGGGCCACGCUGUGCCUGUAACUGUUUCGGAGACUGCCCAUCCGAGAAGACAAAAGAAGUUUUAUCACCAGCCGAUCCCGUCGGGCAUGCACACGCGGCCAGAGGUUUUGCUUCGACAACAUGCGGAGAUGAUGGACUCGGUCCACUACGAUGUGUUCAUGGACUUGGCGACGUCUGGUCGCUUUGGGAAAUGGGACACCACUCUGUCGAUCCACAACAGUGCGAACAAUAGCAGAGACAGCAAAAACAGUCGGUGUUCUGGAGGAACAGGAGGGACGGGCAAAAGUUCGAGAAGAUCACUAUAA